GGGCACUCUAUUUUUUUCUCUAUAAUUUAAACUAAAAUAGAGUAACUCUAUUAUAGAGUUAAAUUUGUUCUAAUAGUUCACUCUAUAAUAGAAUUACUCUAUAAUAGACUGAAAUAUAGAGUAAUCCUAUUUUUUUACUCCAAAUAUAGAGUGAAAAAACAAGAAUACUCUAUAUUUCACUCUAUUAUAGAGUAACUCUAUUAUAUAGUGAACCAUUGGAGCAAAUCCAACUCUAUAAUAGAGUUACUCUAUUUUAGAGUGAAAUAUAGAGGAAAUUAUAGAGUGUGAUUGGAGAUGAUCUAACUCUCUUAAUUUGAUUUUGAUUAUUUUUUUGACUAACUAUUUCGUUUUGAUUGUUCUUUAUUUUAGAUCGUAACAAAGAAAAAUGUUGAUUUAUAUUCGUAGCUAUCUAUUUUGCGAUACGGUUUCUUUUUUCUUCAACAUGUUUCCCACUUGCAGGUAAAGAUAGUAGUAACUUGGCUUAUACGAGAUGUCACCAUUCUAAAUUCCUAACGAUCUUUAUUUUAUUCUGCUUUUUCUUUUAAUACACAUUUUGGUUCUUUUUUUUCUUACAUGUAGCCGGUGAAGUGGAAUUCCACGAAUCAUUUAUUAUAUGCAUAUAGAUAUGAGAAUAUUUAUAUAUUACGAGUACUUCUUUGUACCAUAAUACCAUUUCAUCGCUUGGGCAGACGCAGAUUAAAGGACUUAUGGAACAAUGUUUGCGGGUGAUCAAUAAUUAGAUGCUAAAACAAAGAGAGAUCGAAAAUUUUCUGUUUCUAUACACCAAUCUUUUCCUGGUUGUAUAUUAGUGUUAUAUUCGAUAUAGAUGCAUUAAUACAUUUUAUAUGGUUUGUAUGAUCUAUGAAAGUUGUAUUAUAUAUUGAGUUAUUGACCAUGCUACAAUACGUAGAUGGUAUAACGAGACAUUUAUAGUGCAAGAUCAUGGGAAUGUAUAUUUCGAAUAUUCAAAUAUUAAAAGACGACUAGAAUUUGAAAACGCAACCUUGAAAAUGGGCAGAAAAAUCCGUGAGAAGAGGAAGGAUAAAAUUAUUUUUUUUUCGAGUCACUAAGAGGUCACGAAGAAGAAGGCACCGUAAUUAAAAAGAACUGAAAAUAAGUAUGGGCUGGGUGUCGGAAACAGACAACAAGUUGUGCUCCCGUUACUUCAGUGUCCUAAAUCUCACACUCCAUUGGCUGAUAUCAUCGGUGCUCACUAAGUAAGUAUUUUUUCUUUUCUUUUAUGAAACUAUAAUACUACUUUACUAAAGUAGUAACUCAGUAACUAUUGCGAAAGCCUUGGGAAACAUCUUAUCAGCAGCAAGGAACUCCAAAACUUUUUAACUUUUUUUAUUACAAAACUAAGAACAAUGUCACACGGACUAUAUAAUUGUAAGGUUUCACGCUCAGAGUGGUGAAAAUUUGAAAGUAGGCAUUGGUCAGAAGAAGAAGCCGAUUUAGUAGUGCUGAGUCUAUGCAGUAAAUGGAAUAUAAGGUUAUCGAAAAGACGAGUCCCGACCAAUGUCAUGCACAAAGUAGUAACUUUAAUUCUAACCCAUCUGUUUUAUGUCCCACCGAAAAUCAUACUAUACAGUUUCUUGUUUCUUUGUACUAGCUCUGUCAUCUCUAAUCAAAGAAUCAUAAUCCGAAUAAUAAUUGUUAAGAUGUGUGACUCGCACUGUUGGUCUUCCCACCACCAAACAACACAGUAAUCUAAUCAAAUCACCACCACCCUUGCUUUAUAAGGAAACCAAUAUCAGAAAGUUUUCAAGAACCUAAAGCAAAUUAGUGAGAAGAGAGAAUGGUGGAUGAGAAAGUGAUUGUUAAUGAAGUCGAGACAAGAGUCUCUUAUAGAGCUGCGUACGUGAUCCAUUUUUUGCUGGGUGCUGGUAGUUUAAUACCAUGGAACGCUUUGAUCACAGCCGUUGAUUACUUUGGCUACUUGUAUCCCGACAAGCAUGUGGAGAAGACUUUCACCGUGGCUUACAGUUGCUCGGUCUUGGUUCUGGUUUUGAUGAUGACUUGGAACACAAGAUUGAGCUAUAGACUGAGGAUACAGGGUUUUCCAUAUAUGUUCAUCAUCUCCAUAAUGGUUUCGCCAAUGAUAGAUUGGGUCUGGAAAGGCGAAAACAGUGAGAAUAUCUCUUACCUCUUGAUGGUUGGAUCAGUCGUGCUCUGUGGUUUAGCUGAUGUUGGUUCAGCCGGAAAGCUUCCUAGACAGUACAUGCAACCAAUAUUUGCGGGGACUGCCUCUUCAGGUAUAAUCAUUUCCGUCCUUAGGAGUAGGAUUACGACAAAAGCUUCGCUGCCACAGACACCAAAGGGGCUGCGAACAAGUGUUCAUUGCUACUUCAUAGUGAGCUCGACCAUCUUACUCUCCUGCUUCCUUUGCUGUAAUAACGUGCUACAAAAGUUACCUGUGAUGCAACAACACCUUAAGUUUUAACAACCUUUAUAUUCGAAUCUAACAAUAUGGAUGGUUGGGAGGAAGAUCAAGUGGCCAGCCUCGGGUAUCUUAAUAAUAUAUACCGUCACCUUAUCGAUAUCUCCCGGGUUUAUAGCUGAGAAUUUGAAAUCCCAACUUCUCCAGAGUUGGUAUCCGAUUUUGCUCAUCACAGUGUACAACAUCUAGGAUUUCGUUGGCAAGUCACUCACUGCACUAUAUCUAUGGCAGAGUGUAAAAUCUGCUACUGGGGCUUGUAUCAUUAGGCUUCUCUUUUAUCCCCUCUCUGCGUGUCUACGUAGACCACACUGGCUUAGAACAGAAGUGCCCGUGGUUGUUCUGACCUUCAUGCAAGGCCUCACCAGCGGCUAUCUCACCAGUGUCCUCAGGAUCAUGGCUCCCAAAACGGUUCAUGCAUCAGAGGCAGAACUUGCGGCAGUCUUCAUGGUUGUUUUUCUAGGAAUAGGUCUUGUUUGUGGUCCAGUUCUUGGGUGGGUCUGGCUCAUAUGAACUUCUUAUUGUCUGAGUCAAAAAGUUCACUAUAUAUGGAUAUGUAUUAUUAAUAGCAUGUAUCCAGUUUCUAACUCAAAAUUGAGA